AUGGCUCACAAGAAAAGAGGCCUUACAUGUUCUUGGCUCUCAUUGAAACUAUGUCUCUUGACUGCUGCCAUUUGCUCAGGAAUUAGUUAUUUCUUUUUCAUGCCUCAAACAGUUCAAACAUCUAUCUUAGCAACAAAGCAGCUAAUCUUCAAUUCACAGAUUAAUCCAUCCCGAGAAACAUCCCUAACCCUAGAGGUAGCAGGAGAAAAAAAAGACCUCAAAAAUAAAGGAAUCAUUACAACCCCAAGUCUACAUCUCACUACACUGUCCCGUUUAAAGACCAACAACACAACUCCACAAAAUGAGGAAAAUCCCAAGGACCCUUUGCCAUACACAUUUCUAAUCCCAGAGGAAGACAAAUGUAAGGAGACUACUCCAUUCUUGGUGUUUUUAAUAUGCACCACAGAAAAUGAAAGGUUAAAAAGGGAUAACAUCAGGAAAACUUGGGGGAAUGAAAGUCUGGUGCCAGGAUUUUCUGUGGUUCGCUUAUUUAUGUUAGGUGUCCAGAAGCAUGGUUCUACUGAAGCCAUAAAGGAAGAAAGCAGGAUGUAUCGAGACAUCAUUCAACAGGACUUUCAGGAUACCUAUCAUAACCUGACUCUCAAAGUCUUAAUGGGCAUGAAAUGGGUUGCUUCAUAUUGUCCUAAUGCACAAUUUGUCAUGAAAACUGAUUCUGAUAUGUUUGUUAACACUGAGUACCUUAUACAAAAGCUACUUGCUACAAUAUCCACCUCGAAACUUUAUUUCACUGGCUUUCCAAUGCGGAAAUAUCACCCUAUAAGGAACAAGAACAGCAAAUGGUACAUGCCUCUAGAAGUAUAUCCUGAAUCUUUCUACCCAGAUUUUUGCUCUGGAACUGGAUAUGUGUUUUCUGGAAGACUGGCAACAAUGAUUUAUCAGGUUUCUUUUACUGUAAAAAUAUUACACUUAGAAGAUGUGUAUGUGGGUCUCUGCCUUCAGAAAAUAGGAGUCAAAGUAUCAUCACCACCAAGAAGUACAUUAUUUAAUCCAUUUAAAGUUCCAUUUAAGCCCUGUGUCUAUAACAAACUGAUCACAUCCCAUUAUGUUUCUCCCAAUGAAUUGCUUAUAUUUUGGGAAUUAAUACAAAAGGAAAAACAUGAUUGCUUUCAAAAUUUCAACAACACAAUUUUUUCUUUACUCUUUCCUCCCAGUUAA